UGAAGACGUGUGACAGAAUCAGAAAUCAGAGAUGGCUGAAAAUCAGGAGUAUGAGAUGGGAAAUGGAGAGUAUCAGCAGGACGGUGGUGAAAAGAAAUUCCAGUUUGACGUACAGCAGCAACAGCAACAAGUUAAUGGUGAAGGAGAAGGAACAGAUGAGGCUGGGGGAGGUGGUGGUGAUGCGCCAGCAGACAGCGGUAGCACAGAAGCACCAGGAAGAGACGAUGACAGGAAACUGUUUGUUGGUGGCCUCAGUUGGGAAACAACUGACAAGGAACUUAGGGAACACUUCCAAACAUAUGGUGAGAUUGAGAGUAUUAUUGUAAAGACUGACCCAAGCACUAGUAGGUCAAGAGGGUUUGCCUUCAUUGUUUUCUCACAGGCAGAAUCAAUAGACAAGGUAUUUAGUGCACGGGACCACAUAAUAAAUAACAAAAAAGUUGACCCCUAG